AUGCAAUUCACAACUAUUUUCGCUUCAGUUUUCGCUAUUGCUUCAGUUUCAGCUAUUCCAAUGGCCCAAAUUGUUACACAAACUCAAGUUGAAUACAUUACCGUUACUGGUUCUUCUCAAGUUGCAGCUCCAACUGGUGGUUCUGCUGGUGUUGGUAAUGCUACUGCUCCAGAAACAACAUUGUCUGGUGUUAAUUCAACAUUAGUUUAA